CCGCCAUCUAAACACCAUCAGAUUUUUCACUUGCCCAUAGUGCUUGAUUGAAUCAUCUUAUUUAAGGGACACUGCAUAUACUGGAUUUCUUUUUUCUUUUUUCUUCUUUUCCGUGGAUAAGUGCAUGAGCAACGGCUAUUUUAUCAGAAAUACCGAAUCUUAUCCUCCUUGUAAUGCCUCCCCACCAGCUAAACUGUAUGAUUCAUGAACAUGCAUUGCCGGUAUCUUUGACGGUACCCGACUGUUCGUCGCAAUUACUUUCCAUUUGUUUUUUCUUCUUUUUUUCUUUUCCCCUCCUUCCCCGACCAACGCCCCAUGUACCGCGC